AUGGCGCACCGGGCGGGCGUCAGCAGCGGCAGCCCCUCGAAGAGUAGGCUGAGCCGCGAUGCCGACGCCACGCCCACGCGGGUUUCGCCCGCGCCGAAGCUGCUGACCUUAGGAGGCGGCGGCCGCAGUCCUUCAGCCUCGCCCAUUGGCACGGAGCUCCCGGCCAUCGAUGUCCCCUUUCGCGGCUCUUCCUCCCCAAGGCCCAGGAAGCUGCCACCAGCGACGCACUUCCCGGUGGUGGCCAGGCGGGCGGAGCAAAACGCCUCCGCGCGGACACCGUCCACCUCCAGUUCCCAAGGUCCGGUGACCCUGGGUCUACACGGGAGGCGUGUUUCCGCCGGCAACAAAGAGUCCAGCGCCAUCCCACAUGAGAUCCUGGCCCGAGAUAUAGCUCUCUCACGAUGGUUCCGGUGCGACUUCGCCGCUGGGCCCAUGCCCUUCCCGCCCGCUGGGCAGAAACAGAACGAGCCUGCAGCAAGACUGGGCUUUAGGCAAUCGGCUCGGUGCCUUUUCGUCGCAGCUACCUUCAUGCCCAUCGCCAUGGAUCUGGGGCUGGACGGCUUCGGCUUGGAGGAGGGCAUCCCAUUGCGUGGCUGGUCGAUGAAGCGUGGGCACCGCAAGCGGGUUGAGGCUGCCAGCACCCGGAAAGCCGGGAAGGACCAGCACAAGGUGGGACUGGGGCGCUCCGUCACAAAGCGCAGUGUCCAUUGCGGCAGCCGUCGCUCCUGGUGGGACAAGGAAGACUGUAAAUACUUUGGCAAGUACGGGGACGAGUAUCUGCCGAAGACCCGCCGGAACAACUUGAGGCGGCAGGUGCACGAGGCAAUCAACGAGAUCUACGAGGCCGAGAUGGAGGCUGAGUUCGAGGAAGGCUGCCUGCUGCAUUCCUUCGAGGACUUGAAGGAAGAGAUGGAAGAGUUGGAAGAGCUGGAAGAGUGGGCGGCGAAGUGGGAGGACCUCGAGGUGGCGUCUGUGUGCACGUCCACCACAGCGGGCGGCUCCGAGUUCGCCUCCGGCUUCGCCGACUUCGCGAUGUCCGUAUCGGCCGCCUCCAGCCCAUCGCGCUCCUCCGGGCCCUCGCUUUCCCCAUGGCUCGCGGCCCUCCGGCGGGCGGAGCUCCGGGCCCAGGAGUACGCAGAUGCCAUGGAAUUCAAAUUGGCGACCAACUCAGGCCCCAAUCUGAUGAGGAAGACCUCCCGACCUCGUCGAACUCCCCGAACUGAUGCCAGGAGCGAAGAGGAGCAGUUUCUCCAGGACUUGGGUCGUACGCAUCGGGUACGCAUAGAGUAUGAUCCAGCGAGCCUGACCGAGAAGGCAUCCGCAUUCGACCAGCUCCGCUGGCAGUUCUUGAAAGACUUCGGGGAGUCCAUCUGCGGGCCUCUCGUCGAUGGCUACAAAACUGCUUGGACCCUGAGGCCGGCACCCCUGCACACGGAGGUGCAGAACAAGUUCCUGCGCGCUUUCUCAUGUCGUGCCGAGAAGAGGGAGCUGCAACCUGCACUGCAUGGCACCGACGAGAGGAAUCUCUCGUCCAUCUACCGACGGGGUCUGCUGAUUCCGGGCGGCAUUGGUGGCAGCGGGGGCAAUGAUGUCAGGGUUGCAAAUGGGUCGGCCCAUGGUCUCGGCAUUUACACGGCGUAUGCCGGGAGCGCAUGUGUAUCAUUCGGUUACUCCCGUGGCAACCUGAGGCCCAUGCUGGUCUGUGGUGUGCUGGACCCUGAGCAAGGAAGAUGCCAGACAUAUGGAGGUGCGGUCAAGAAGAAAGAUAUCUGCUACGCCCCUGGCGUCCGCAUCUUCUACAAGGAGGAGCUCGUGGCACCUUUGUUCGAGGCAACGGUCUCUGCAGCUGCAGUUCCAGGUGCUGUGCGCAUCCAGCCGCCCCGACCCCGAAAGUACAAACCAUCCCUGGUCCCGUUGAGCCGAGUGCUGGAGACGGCCAAGACUUUCAAGAGUCCCAACAAGUCCAUGGGCUCCGUGCAUCCUGGGCCACGGACGCGGCUGCCACGGCCACGCACGCGUGCGGCACCUGCGUGCCGCGCGCAGGCCUUCCUUGCACGGCGCGCGGCGCGCAAGCGGCAGUGA